AUGCCUGCGCUCGUCGACGAAGAGACCGCGCCCGGGCGCCUCCUGCUGCUCUCCAACAGACUGCCCAUCACCAUCAAGCGUUCCGAAGAUGGUAGCUACUCAUUCUCCAUGUCCUCUGGCGGUCUCGUCACCGGCCUCAGUGGUCUGUCAAAAACCACCAGCUUCCAAUGGUACGGCUGGCCUGGUCUCGAGGUCCCGGAGAACGAGAUUGCCGGCAUGAAGCAGCGUCUCAAGGAGGAGUAUGACGCUCACCCCGUCUUCAUUGACGACGAGCUUGCCGACAAGCACUACAAUGGCUUCUCUAACUCUAUCCUCUGGCCACUCUUCCACUAUCACCCCGGUGAAAUCACGUUCGACGAGAGCGCGUGGGCCGCCUAUCGUGAAGUCAAUCGCCUGUUUGCAAAGGCUGUUGUUCAGGACGUCCAAGAUGGCGACUUGAUCUGGGUUCACGACUACCACCUGAUGCUGCUGCCCGAGAUGCUGCGCGAGGAAAUCGGCGACACCAAGAAGAAUGUCAAGAUUGGCUUCUUCUUGCACACUCCUUUCCCCUCUUCCGAAAUCUACCGUAUCUUGCCCGUUCGCGAGGCCCUCCUCACUGGCGUUCUCGACUGUGAUCUCAUCGGCUUCCAUACCUACGACUAUGCUCGCCACUUCCUGAGCAGUUGCUCUCGCAUCCUUGGAACGCCCACAACCCCCAACGGAGUCGAUUACAACGGCAAGUUCGUUACCGUCGGCGCAUUUCCUAUCGGUAUCGACCCCGAGAAGUUUGUCGAAGGUCUCAAGAAGCCCAAGGUGCAAGAGCGAAUCGAAGCUCUAAGCCGCAAGUUCAACGGAGUCAAGCUCAUUGUCGGUGUCGAUCGUCUCGACUACAUCAAGGGUUCCUUCGUCGCGGAGAUGACCCGCCUCUCCCAGGAGACGAUGCAGUCCAAGACGCUGAGAAACAUCAGCGGGAACGUGGUUGGCCAGGUCAGCAAGGCGCUGCAAGGUGCAAUUGAAGGUGCUUCGAACCUGUCGGGCAGCAAGGACGGCGCAGAGGAGACGAAGCAGGAUAAGCAAGAAGCGUAA